AACUGCAGACGGUCCCUGCCCGUUACAUCACGAGCGCUCGUGAGAGGGAGACACCGGUGACGUCACGCCCAGAGGAGCGAGAAACACGUAGUAAACCUCGCUGAAUGAGACGCGAGGAGCGACACACGUGUGCUGCGAGAAUAAUCCGGGGCUCGCAACGCAUUUCAUAUUAAUAACAGACCCACCGGAGAUGCUGGCCGGAGCUGUGCUUAUACUGUGAGCUCGGUGGAAAAAAACCGCGAGAGGAGGCAUCGUCCGAAGAUCGUGAUAAAUAAAGACAUCCCUGCAGGCAUCAUCCACACCUCCAUCCUCUCUCUCCCGCACGUUCGUCUCGCCUCUGACUUUCUCCAAACACCGACCCAAUGAAGGAGCCCGACGCCAUCAAACUCUUCAUCGGGCAGAUCCCACGCAAUCUGGAGGAGAAGGACCUCAAGCCCAUCUUUGAGCAGUUCGGCAAGAUCUACGAGCUGACUGUGAUCAAGGACAAGUACACGGGCGUGCACAAAGGAUGCGCCUUUCUGACAUACUGUGCUCGGGAUUCAGCUGUUAAAGCACAAAGUGCUCUUCAUGAACAGAAAACCCUGCCAGGGGAUAAAGAGAUUGAGGCGAUGAACCGGCCCAUUCAAGUGAAGCCUGCGGACAGCGAGGGGAGAGGAGAGGAUAGAAAGCUGUUUGUGGGGAUGCUGGGAAAGCAGCAGUCGGAUGAGGACGUGAGGAAGAUGUUUGAGCCGUUCGGGAGCAUUGAUGAGUGUACGGUACUGAGAGGACCGGACGGCACCAGCAAAGGUUGUGCGUUUGUGAAGUUCCAGAGUCACUCAGAGGCCCAGUCUGCCAUUAAUAGCCUGCACGGGAGCCGAACUCUUCCUGGUGCUUCGUCCAGUCUGGUGGUGAAGUUUGCGGACACCGAGAAGGAGCGCGGGAUGCGGCGCAUGCAGCAGGUGGCCUCGCAGCUCAGCAUCUUCAGUCCAGUGACGCUCAAUUUUAAUGCAUAUAAUGCCUACACGCAAGCACUGCUUCAGCAGCAGGCUCUGGUGGCUCAGUCCUCGUACCUGUCCCCUGUGUCUUCAGCCGCGGCGGUGCAGAUGCAGCAGAUGGCAGCGCUCAAUGCUAACGGCAUCAUAGCCGCCCCCAUCACCCCCCUCACCCCCUCGUCAGGUGCGAAUACUCCGCCCACUAUUGCAGCCACGCCCGUCUCGGCUCUGCCUCCACCAAUCGGAAUGAACGGCUACAGUCCCGUACCACCAAACACCAAUGGACUGCCAGCGUCGGAAAUCUACACCAACGGAGUUCAUCCGUAUCAAGCCCAGAGCCCGGCGGCGGUGGCGGCGCUGGACCCGCUCCAGCAGGCGUACGCAGGCAUGCAGCACUAUACAGCAGCUUAUCCCGCCGCGUACGGACUGGUGAGCCAGCCCUUCAUCCAGCAGCCCGCCAUCCAGGUCUCCCAGCAACAGCUGCAGCAGCAGAGAGAAGGUCCUGAGGGCUGUAACAUCUUCAUUUACCAUUUGCCUCAGGAGUUCACUGACUCAGAAAUGCUCCAGAUGUUUCUGCCGUUUGGUAACGUCAUUUCUGCAAAGGUUUUUGUCGAUCGAGCCACGAAUCAGAGCAAGUGCUUCGGCUUCGUGAGCUUUGAUAACCCAGCGAGCGCUCAGACGGCCAUCCAGGCCAUGAACGGCUUUCAGAUCGGCAUGAAGAGACUCAAAGUGCAGCUGAAACGACCGAAAGAUGCCAACAGACCCUACUGAAACACAGACGGGAUGGAGAUUAUCGAAGCGUUCACGCAGCAGACGGACUCCAGACGCUGAGCGGUUACCUUGCACACUCAGACGUGUGUGUAUAUGCAAAGGACAAAUAAAUGAUCAUGUACAUAAUUCACACGCAUUCAAACGCACAUGCUCACAGAGUUAUGGAAAGAUGUCAAUGGUAUUAACACACACACACACACACACACACACACACACACACGCACACACAAACAUGCUACUUCAUAUGGACCUUCUUAGCGCCACAAAUGUAUAAAACUAUCAUUUUUAAUACAAAAUGUAAAAAAAAAAAAAAAAUAAUAAAAAGAGAAGACCAGCCACAGUUAAUGACCAUAAUCAGGUUCAAAUAAUUAAGCUUAAAAUAAACUAUUUAAAGAAAAUAAGAAUAGUUGCAUUAAAGCAAAAGACGAUAGUUAGUAUUAUUAUUGUAAGAAAAAAAACAUCUUAAGAUUUCUACUUUUUCAUUAUAUAUGUGAUGUAAGAGGACUCAGGAAAUUCUGGGCAAGUUUUAAUAUUUUAUCUUUUUAUUUAUCUAUUUAUUCAUAUUUGGAAAAAAAAAAAAAAAAAGGUCUUUUGGUUUUCAUGUUUUCUAGAGAACUACAUUAAAGCUGUUGUAAAACUUUGUAACUUAUUGAAAUAUGAAUUACAAAGAUGAUAUUUAUGUCUGAAAUUUUUUGAUCAAACUUUUGUUUCUAAUUUAAAUAAAAUAAAGGUAUUAAAAGAAAC